AACCGCUUUAAUUAGGGUUAGCGCCGCAAAAGUUUCGCUUUGGGACCACAAAAUAUCCCCCCAAAAUAUCCAAGGGGGUAUGUUCUGUGUCUAGGAAUGGUCUGGGAUAAGCCUUGUUCUAUGGAUAAGCCUUGUUCUAUGGUCUGGGACGCUUACUGGAGAUGUCACGAGAAUAUAACCUAUUUUUAUUUUUCAAAAUUAUUCUUCUGUUACGUAGAGUUUUUACACAUUAAAACCAUGUUUGAAUGUGUAUUUUAAACUCAAAAAUUAAAAUAAACGUUGCUUGUAUUAUUGGAUGUGCAGUCCAAAAUCAACAAUGUAAAGCUGGCCAACCAGUUAGCGCCAAACAUAGAGGAAAAUAAUACGGAUUUCGGCAUACAAAGCUGUUUGGCAGAGUUGUUUGCCAAUCCUCCACUGGAGUUCCCAGAAUGGAAACCACAUCAGAAAAGGGUCCUUCUGCAAUGUUGGCAGCGAAAUAAAUUUCCCCACGGCUCUUUGAGGUUAGAAGUCGUAGUGUCAGAACAGAUGUAAAUAAACACAAACUAGUUCAACUUAAAAGUGUUGAAACAAUGUCCUCAGCAGUGAUUCGCAGCCUGCAACAGGACGUGUUUAAUCCAGGCGAAGAGAGGCUGAUUUCCUGCUGUCACGUCAGCAAGUACCUGAAGAAGAAAAAGACGUCCUUCCUAUGCCUGGUUGGUACCACUACAGUUCCCUUCAACGUCUGGAUCAUCCAGAUCAAGCAAACGGACAAGCAGGUUUACAAAAGGAAGCGCAGCUGGUCGCUGGUCGAGCUCAAGUCCGUGGACGGGCACAGCGAGCUCUAUGAAACCCAGGAGUUCGACUUGUACUUUGACAAGGUGUAUCGUUGGGUGUCCAGCAGCCCUAAAGAGCGCUACGCCUUCAUCCACAACCUCUGGAAGCAGGUGUCCAAGCAUGUGGUCAAAGACACGCCCGUGUUCAAGAACAUUCCCAAAGCGUGGAUCACUGAGGACGCCCUCACGCCCGAAAGCAACUUCAUUACGUCGCCCUUGAUUGUCUUCGAUAACGACCUGGUGGAGGACUUUCAGGCCAUUACCGAUAAGGAGCAAGAUGACCUAAAGCGAUUAAUGGAAGGUUGCGAGUUUGCCAUCAGCAACGCUGAAGGUUUCAUGGAGAUACUGGCAAGGGAUUUGUCCCUGUUGGAUGGAGAAAACGUUCAAUGUGUGCUGGCUUCAGAAGAGCACGUGGAAAGCCUGAUGGAACAACUGGAACUGGCCAUCAACGAAGCUGACCGGUUGGAAACGCAGCUGGACAACUACGAUGAGAUCCUGUGCCAUGUGCGCGACACAAUGGAAACAAUGGAGAAGAAAAACUCGAUGAAUUCCAUCGUCAACAAGAACAACCAGCAGCUAAUGGGGGAGCUGGAGAAUAUCGUGACCACCUUGGACUUGCCGAUGGACUAUCAGAAGGCUCUGGACGACGCAGAUUUCACCACCCCCGAAGGGCUGACCUUCUCAGUCAAGGCUGCACAGGCAUUGAAAGUGGCCAUGAACUCCGACAUCGAUAAGGCCCUUCUUCAGAUGUCCGCUGUUCAAGAACAGCGCAAAAAGUUCGAGAAAUACAAGGAGAAGUUCUCCAGGAGUUUGAGCCGGCAAUUGAACAACCUCUUCAUCCACUAUGGGAACCAUAAAGGGGAGGCAGAUAAAAGCGUGGAGGGGCUCAUCCUACCCCAACACAGCGGCGUGCACAAAGAACUCUAUCCCUAUACCGAGCUGAUGCAUUGGAUGAAGGUGAUGGACAAGAAAAUGUACGACUCCUUAAAGGAGGUGUACACGUCCUCGCUAGGGAAGCUGUAUGACCGAGACUUGAGGGGGCUGUUCAACGCUGCUAGGGAGAAAAUUGGCGGUUUGAAGCCUCCAAGACUCCAAAUUGACUUGCUAUCUGAUGUGGUUUCAGCUUACGCAGUGGCGUCGCCCACUACUCUAAUCGGCCUGGACCGCGACUUCUGGACGCUGGAAACCAGCGCUGCCGAUAGGCGGCGAUAUGAAACCAUCCUGGAGCAAGUUCUUACUCAGUUGGAGCCAGUUUUUCUACAGGAGCAGCAGUUUUGCGUGCGGUUUUUCCAGCUGGAUGUGCUGAGCCCCACUUCCAAAAACACCCUUACAACACUGGACGGGUGCGAAGCUACAAUGGAAAUCGCCCUGCCUCAGAAGAAGAUGGAGAAGCAGAUCGAUGAAGAUGUGCGAAGCAUGAUGAGCACCCUGUUUGCCUGCUUGAAGACCGAGCUGGACUUGCUGAUCGAUCACGUUAAACGGCAGGAUAGCUUCUAUUGCAUGUACGUGCUCAUCGGCCUCAAUCAGCACGUAAUGUCGGCGCAGAGCUCAUUUCUGAGCAACACUUUUGCGUCGCAAUUGGUGGAAGUGAAGCGCUCCCUCGACCAGUUCAUGCAGACCCAAAUCGAGUCGGUGAAAGACUGUCGAUUGGCCAGAAAGUCCAAAGUAGGUAUUCUCCCCUAUGUGUCCAAUCUGGAAAUAUUCGCCGUCAAUGUGGAGUGUCUCCUGAAAAGCGACCGGGCGGCCGAUCUGGAGAAGUGGUACACCCGCCUGAUCGAUACCAUUAUCGAGUAUAUUCCAGUACACGCCAAUGAGCAAAAGACACCCUCCCAGGUCGUGAAAAUGGAAAACUACCAUCAUCUGCACUCGUUGCUGUCGCAGCUGAAGAUCUCCGUUCUGGAUGUGCAGCGCAAGGAGACGAAGCAGAGGUACAAUGAUGCAUUGCAAGCCUACGUAACGCUCUACUUUGGAAGACCCCUGGAGAAACUCAAUACGUUCUUCGAAGGGGUGCAAGCCAAAGUGGCCAGUGGUGUUAAAGCUUCGGAAGUCAGCUAUCAGCUGGCUUACAGCAAGCAGGAGCUGAGGAAGGUGAUCAAUCAGUACCCGGGAAGCAAUGUGAAAAAGGGUAUAGAAUCGCUGUAUAAAAAGGUGGAAAAGCACUUGUCGGAAGAAGGAAACUUGCUGCAGGUGGUUUGGCGGGCGAUGCAAGAGGAAUUCAUCCGCCAGUACAAAAUGCUGGAAGAACUGAUCCAGCAAUGCUAUCCAGGGUCGAUGGUCUCUUUGGAGUUCUCCAUUGAAGAUAUUUUGCAGUAUUUUUCGGAAAUUGCGCGCUCGCAUUGAUGAGGACGGACAACUGGCAUUAAAACCCACUGUGUGGAGGCAACAGCUUUAAUACGCCUCAAACAUUUACAACUUUGGUAAAAUUCGAAAUCUUACAUGACUAAAUAGCUACGUGUAAAAGCAAAGUAUCGUUCAGCGUGCCUCAGCAGUCAGCACGAAACUUAACUAAAAGGAACAAAUAGAGAUUGAGUUAGGCCUUUGGGUUUCACAACUUUAUGUACAUAGUUUCAAGCGGCGACAUCAACGAUUUGUUUUGGUUUAGUUAUCGGUAUUUACAUGUUUGAUUAAGUUGAUUGUCUUCGAAUUGCGUCCCACUUAGGCUAGACUUUUGUGAUUAUGCUUGUCGGCCAAUUGAUCACGCCAUGAGAUAUGAUCUAUAUUAAAUAUCUAUAAAGUUAAGCAAA